ACAGGCCGAGUCCCCGCCAUGGACCCUCCGGCCGCCGCCUCCUCCCCGAUGCUGGCCCCCCUGGAGCUGGGCGACGACCCGCCCCCCGACAAGCCCACCCCAGCCCCCAAGGCCAAGGACCCCAACACCUACAAAGUGCUGUCCCUGGUGCUGUCAGUCUGCAUGCUAACAACGAUCCUUGGGUGUAUAUUUGGAUUGAAGCCAAGUUGUUCCAGAGAAGUCAAAACUUGCAAAGGUCGCUGUUUCGAGAGGACAUUUGGAAACUGUCGCUGUGAUGCUGCCUGUGUUGAACUUGGAAACUGCUGUUUGGAUUAUCAGGAAACCUGUAUAGAACCAGAGUAUGUGUGGAAUUGCAGUAAAUUUCGAUGUGGUGAGAAGAGGCUGCCUAAAAGUCACUGCUCUUGUACUGAUGACUGCCAGGAGAAGGGCGAUUGCUGUAUCAACUACAAUUCCGUCUGUCGAGGAGAGAAAAGUUGGGUGGAAGAAGACUGUGAGGCCAUUAAUGAACCUCAGUGUCCAGCUGGGUUUGAAAAUCCUCCUACACUCUUGUUUUCCUUGGAUGGCUUCAAAGCGGAAUACUUACGCACGUGGGGUGAACUUCUUCCUGUUAUUAGCAAAUUACGAAACUGUGGAACUUACACUGAAAGCAUGAGACCAGUUUAUCCAUCCAAAACCUUCCCCAACCAUUAUAGCCUUGUUACGGGCCUAUAUCCAGAAUCCCAUGGAAUAAUUGACAAUAAUAUAUAUGAUCCCAAAAUGAAGACUUUCUUUUCCCUUGGAGAUAAAGAGACGUUCAAUCCCAAGUGGUACCAAGGAGAACCUAUAUGGCAGACUGCUAGAUCUCAGGGUCUCAAGUCUGGCACGUUUUUCUGGCCUGGAUCAGAUGUUAAUAUUAAUGGAGUUCUUCCAGAUAUCUACAGAAUAUACAAUAGAUCAGUUGCAUUUGAACAGAGAAUUUUGGAAGUUCUUCAAUGGUUACAGCUUCCUGAAGAGGAAAGACCACACUUUUACACUCUGUAUUUAGAAGAACCAGAUUCUUCAGGUCAUGAAAAAGGACCAGUCAGCAGUGCUGUUGUUAAAGCAUUGCAGAGAGUUGAUGAAAUUGUUGGCAUGCUGAUGGAUGGCUUAAAAAAUUUAAAAUUGGACAAAUGCCUGAACCUUAUUCUUGUGUCGGAUCAUGGAAUGGAGCAAGGCAGCUGUAAGAAAUUUGUCUAUCUGAACAAGUAUUUGGAUAACAGAGAUAAUUUCAAAGUAAUCCACGGCCCUGCAGCUCGCUUGAGAAUCUUGAAUGGCUCAGCUAAUUAUGAAGACAUUGCAAGAAAUCUUUCUUGCAUGGAGCCAGACCAGCCUUUCAGACCAUACCUGAAACAGUUUUUACCAAAGCGUUUUCACUUUGUCAACAAUGACAGGAUUGAGCGUCUAACAUUUUACUUGGAACCACAGUGGCAGAUGGCAAUGAACCCAAUGACUAAGAAGAGUUGUUCAGGUGGAUUCCAUGGUUCUGAUAACUUAUUCUCAAGAAUGCAAGCUCUCUUCAUUGGCUUUGGACCUGGAUUCAAGCAUAAAACUAAGGUUCAGCCCUUUGAAAACAUCGAAGUUUAUAAUUUAAUGUGUGAUUUACUGAACUUAAAUCCCACUUCCAACAAUGGGAGUCAUGGAAGCUUGAAUCAUCUUCUGAAUAAACCCAUCUACAACCCACAGCAUCCCAAGGAAGAAAGCCAGCUGACCCAAUGCCCUGUGUCAGAGAAAUCAACCAAAGAAAACCUUGGCUGCUCGUGCGGUGUUUUGGAAAAGGAUUUUCAACCCCAGUUGACAGUAGAAGAAGAAAAGGAGAGCCAAAGGAGCAACUUGCCCUAUGGAAGACCUCGUGUUCUACAAAAGAACAGCACAUUUUGCCUACUCUUCCAAAAACAGUUUGUGACUGGGUACAGCCACGAUCUCCAAAUUCCUCUCUGGAGUUCCUAUACUGUGGACCGAAAUGAUACUUUCUCUGCAUUUCUCUUUUUUCACUGCUUUUACCAAGACCUUCGGAUUCCUCUCAGACCUAGCCAGAAAUGUUCGUUUUAUAAAACUAACCGUCAGCUGAACCCUGGAUUCCUCUUUCCUCCACAACUAAGAAAAACCCUGGGUGAAGUACCCUUUGCAGCUCUAACUACCAGCAAUGUGGUACCCAUGUACCCAAGUUUUCAAGUGAUCUGGAAUUAUUUCCAUCACACACUGCUACCAAAGUAUGCUAGAGAGAGGAAUGGUGUCAAUGUAGUCAGUGGUCCAGUCUUCGAUUAUGACUAUGAUGGGCUGAAUGAUAAUCCAGAGAUGUUAAAACAGAAAAGUACUACACUCACCCCUGAUCAAGAAGUUUUGAUUCCAACUCACUACUUCAUUGUGCUGACAAGUUGUAACGACACUUCCCAGACUUCCUCGCAGUGUGAGGGUCCUUUAGAUAAUCUGGCUUUCAUCCUGCCUCAUAGAACAGAUAACACUGAAAGCUGUGUGCAAGGAAAGCAUGAAUCCUUGUGGGUCGAAAAGCUGCUAAGGCUUCAUGUAGCGCGGGUCAAAGAUGUUGAGCUUCUCACCGGACUGAGCUUUUACCAUGAUCGAAAAGAAGCUGUUUCAGAUAUUUUACAACUGAAGACACAUUUGCCAACUUUUUACGAAGUUUGAAUAUCGAAUAUACACUACAUAUAUGUUUAAGAGGACUCUUCCAUUUCACAGACAUUUACUAGAGAAAGCAUUCUUGAUCCACCAUUGGGGCUGAUCUAUAUGUUAACCUGUUGAUUGGAAGCUGCUGAUCAACGUUACAAUGAGGGACUAUCUCUGCCACACUUGUAUCUCAGGGACACUGAUGAAAGUGAGCCCUUCUCCAAUGGGUGGUCCUGUUGGUUAAAUGCUUGCUUGCCUGUGGAAGAAGAGUCUGUGCUGUUCAAACCCCGGAGGGUACCGGAGAGCCCCUGAUUUAAACUGCUUUUCCACUCCCACCUCUGCUCCCAACGAAGUCAAUUCAGGAUGUUCAGGACUCUGCUCAGCUUGCCCUUUUAGUGCCAGGGUUGCUCACAGAAGCUAGACUAGUGAAUGGGAAUGUGGCAGUCCACACUGAGGUUGGGUUUUGACAAGAGGGAAAAGGUUCCAGUAGUGGGAUGCUACCAAUGUUGGGGUAAGGAUGGCGUUGAUCUUUCAAAACUGGAGUGGAGAACCAGAAAUGGAGCUCAUGCUCACCUCUACUCACUCAACCUUCUAGGGCAUGCCUAGCACUUCUGGAUGAUUAGGUUGCGGGAAGAAAGUCAAGAGGGAGCCUGUUCAUCAAAAGGAUUCUAGUGUUUUUCCCCAGUCCUGUUCUCCAUUCCAGUCCUUCCCACCUUGGCCAAUGUCCUUCCAGACAUCAGAAAAGAUCGUUUUAUUCUUCACAUAACCAAACGUCAUUUCUAAAUUCAUUUAGUCUGUGAUACCACAGAGGUGUUGCCCAGAAACUCCAUCAAUCUGAACCAAAGCAGAAAUGGCAACUGGGACUGGAGACACCCCCACCCCCACCAGUACUCAAUAUUCCCUGAUACCUGCAAGACCACCCC